AUGCCCGGUGGAAAAAGAGGGCUGGUGGCACCGCAGAACACUUUUUUGGAGAAUAUUGUCCGGCGAUCAAGCGAGACAAGUUUCCUAGUUGGAAAUGCUCAGAUUGUGGACUGGCCAGUAGUUUACAGUAAUGACGGAUUUUGCAAACUGUCUGGAUAUCAUCGGGCUGAAGUGAUGCAGAAAAGCAGCACCUGCAGUUUCAUGUACGGCGAGCUAACAGACAGGAAGACCAUUGAGAAGGUCAGACGGACGUUUGAGAACUAUGAAUCCAAUUGCUUUGAGGUUCUUCUCUACAAAAAGAACAGAACGCCAGUCUGGUUCUACAUGCAAAUUGCACCUAUAAGAAACGAACACGACAAGGUGGUGUUAUUUUUAUGCACUUUCAAAGACAUUACAGUGUUCAAACAGCCCAUUGAGGAUGAAUCAACGAAAGGAUGGACCAAAUUUGCACGUCUAACACGAGCUCUGACGAACAGCCGAAGUGCGUUGCAGCAGUUGACUCCAAUGAACAAAUCCGAUGGGGUCCACAAGCACUCUCGACUAGCAGAGGUCCUGCAGUUGGGGUCGGACAUCCUCCCUCAAUACAAACAGGAAGCUCCAAAGACUCCUCCGCACAUUAUCCUGCACUACUGUGCGUUCAAAACCACCUGGGAUUGGAUCAUCCUGAUUUUAACCUUCUACACGGCCAUCAUGGUCCCCUACAAUGUGUCCUUCAAGACAAAGCAGAACAACAUUGCCUGGCUGGUGCUGGACAGCGUAGUGGAUGUGAUAUUCCUAGUGGACAUUGUGUUAAACUUCCACACCACUUUUGUGGGGCCUGGUGGGGAGGUAAUAUCUGAUCCUAAACUGAUACGAAUGAACUACUUGAAGACCUGGUUCGUGAUCGAUCUGCUCUCCUGCUUACCCUACGACAUCAUCAAUGCCUUCGAAAACGUGGAUGAGGGUAUUAGCAGCCUGUUCAGCUCCUUGAAGGUUGUCCGUCUGCUGAGACUUGGACGUGUCGCUAGGAAGUUGGACCAUUAUCUGGAGUAUGGUGCUGCGGUGCUGGUGCUUUUGGUCUGCGUUUUCGGCCUGGUGGCUCAUUGGCUUGCCUGCAUAUGGUACAGCAUUGGGGACUAUGAAGUCAUUGACGAGAUCACAAACACAAUAAAAACAGAGAGCUGGCUUUACCAGCUGGGACUGAGUACCAGGACACCUUAUCGUUUUAACGCCAGUGGCACAGGAGAAUGGGAAGGUGGACCUACGAAAAACUCGCUGUACAUAUCGUCCCUUUACUUUACCAUGACCAGCCUUACCACCAUAGGAUUUGGCAACAUUGCCCCUACCACUGAUGGGGAGAAGAUAUUCUCGGUGGCCAUGAUGAUGGUUGGCUCUCUUCUUUAUGCAACUAUUUUUGGAAACGUUACCACGAUCUUCCAGCAGAUGUACGCCAACACCAAUCGCUACCACGAAAUGCUAAACAACGUGCGGGAUUUCCUAAAGCUUUACCAAGUCCCCAAAGGCCUGAGUGAACGGGUUAUGGAUUACAUUGUGUCGACGUGGUCCAUGUCUAAAGGCAUUGACACGGAGAAGGUCCUCUCCAUCUGUCCCAAAGAUAUGAGAGCUGACAUCUGUGUCCAUCUGAACCGAAAGGUCUUUAAUGAGCACCCUGCUUUUCGACUAGCCAGCGACGGCUGUCUGAGAGCUUUGGCUGUGGAGUUCCAGACUAUUCACUGUGCUCCAGGCGACCUAAUCUAUCACGCUGGGGAAAGUGUGGAUGCUCUCUGCUUCGUAGUGUCAGGCUCAUUGGAGGUUAUUCAGGAUGAUGAAGUUAUCGCGAUUCUAGGGAAAGGCGACGUAUUUGGCGACGUCUUCUGGAAGGAAAGUACCUUGGCUCACUCCUGUGCCAAUGUGCGGGCUCUAACCUAUUGCGACUUGCAUAUAAUCCAUCGAGAAGCCUUACUCAAGGUUCUGGAGUUCUACACGCCAUUUGCCAACUCUUUCUCGCGAAACCUCAUAUUGACCUGCAACCUGAGGAAGAGAAUCAUUUUUCGGAAGAUCAGCGAGGUGAAGCAAGAGGAAGAGGAGCGUCUGCGGAGGAAGAAUGAAGUGACGCUCAGCAUCCCUGUGGACCACCCUGUCAGGAAGCUCUUCCAGAGGUUCAAGCAGCAGAAGGAGCUUCGGAAUCAGGGGAGCAGCGAGCCUGACAGGAACCACCUGAAGGUGGACAACCACUCGUUCCACAACGGGGGUCCCACCACAGGCAGCAGCGUGGUUACUGUGUCACAGAUCACACCCAUCCCUUCCUCCCUCUCCUUUGCCAAAAGCAACGAGCAAAAGGAGGAAGGGGAGCGAGAGCCGGUGGAGCUGAAGCCAAAUGGCCUGCGUGAUCAGAUGUGCCUGAAGGUCAACAGCCCGGCGAGGAUCAAAGCCGGGAGCGUCAGAGGGUGGAUACGACUGAAAAACCCUCUGAGGGAGGGCGGGGAGGAGGAGGAGGGGGAGAAGAAAGGCGUCUGGAACAAUGUCACCAAAGCCGAAUCCAUGGAGAUUCUUUCGGAGGACUCGAAAGGGGGCAACUCCGAGAAUGUGGAGGUAAAAAACUGUUUGAGGAAAACAGACUCGUGUGACAGUGGUAUCACCAAAAGCGAUCUGAGGCUGGACAAUGCCGGGGAAAUCCGCAGUCCCUUGGAACACAGCCCCAUCCAGGUGGAUAUCAGACACCCCUUCUACCCAAUCCCAGAGCAGGCCUUGCAGACCACCUUGCAGGAAGUCAAAGUGGAACUCAAAGACGAUAUUCAGUUGCUUUGCGACAGAAUGACAGCCCUCGAGAGACAAGUGGGUGAGAUCUUGCAAAUACUGUCGCAAAAGAACCCGUCGAAGACGCUCCCUCAGCAGCCUCAGGAAAUAUUUCACGUUCCCAGGCCUGGCACGCCUUCGCCGGAGAAAAAGGAUGAUCAGUGUUAG